GGAGGCCAUUACAGGAGACCAACACCAGCUUCCCUGCCCUGGAGAAGGCCUAGAUGAGGAAACUGAGACCCCAAAAGAGACAGACCCAAGGUCACCUCCAACAUGCAGACUCCUGCUAUCAUGUCUCUGCUGCUUGUGUCCAUAGGCCUCAUGGAAGCACUUCAGAGCCACCCCGUCACACGACGAGAACUCUUCUCUCAAGAAAGGCCCCUGGACAUGGCCCCAACCUCCUUUGAUGACCAGUACACUGGCUGCACAGCAGCCAUGCUCGCUGCUCUCCCAGAUCUCAACCGCACGGAGUUCCAGGCCAACAAAGUGUAUGCCGAGAGCUGGGCGCUGGCCAGCAGCCAGUGGCAGGAGCGCCAAGCCUGGGGGCCGGAGUGGGCCCUCAGCGCCCCCCGGCUGCCCCCCGCACCCCCUGGCUUCCGCGCUGAGCACGGAGUGGCCCUCCUGGCCUACACGGCCAACACCGCCCUGCACAAGGAGUUCAACGCGGCCCUGCGCGAGGCGGGCUGCACCCGCGUCCACUACCUCCAGCGCUUCUCCUUCAAGACGUUCCAUUUCCUGCUGACCGAGGCCCUGCAGCUGCUGAGCAAGGCCCAGGGUGCUCCCCGGUGCCGCCAGGUGUUCCGGGGGGUGCAAGGCCUGCGCUUCCGGCCGGCAGGGCCUGGAGCCACCGUCCGCCUGGGGGGCUUUGCCUCGGCGUCCCUGAAGAAUGUCACAGCCCAGCAUUUUGGUGAGGAGACCUUCUUUGGUAUCUGGACCUGUCUCGGGAUCCCUAUCAGGGGCUACUCCUUCUUCCCUGAGGAGGAGGAGGUGCUGAUCCCCCCCUUUGAGACCUUCCAGGUGAUCAACAGCAGCAGACCGGCCCAGGGCCCCACCCGUAUCUACCUGCGGGCCCUGGGCAAGCACAGCACGUACAACUGCGAGUACAUCAAAGACAAGCAGUGCAACUCUAGGCCCUGCCAUCUGGAAAACUCAGGCAUGGGCCAGGGCCCCUUUUCUGCAGUCUGGUCCUUUCCACUGCUGCUCUGGUUCCUUGUCGGAAGAGCCUUUCCAGAAAGUUCAGGCCUCCUCUGACCCAUCAGAAUCUGAACAGCCCUGCCUGUCACCUCUGCCCAACAUGAGGAUGUCGGCCACAUGUGUGCCUGAAGUGUAGCCAAGAUCUGUAGAAGCUCCAUCUGCAGGGAACUCUGGGACCUUCUCUGGCAGCUGCCAGGCCUGAUGGUGGAGAAAUAGAAUUUGGGGCCUGAAUUUUACCCAGUGCUCUAGGAGUGACACAUUGAAGAGAGGUAGGGGGACUCCAGGACAGGCAACAACUCACUUGGAGGUAGGAGAUUAAACUAGUGGUGUCGAGGUGCUUGGGGAGGAAAGCACUUGGCCGUGGUACUUGCUGGUGUUACUCAAAUUCCUCACAUGCGCACAGGAAGUUCUGAUUUACUCCUCCAGGGAGCUUUCUCUGACUUCUCUGCCCCUGCUGGGUAAGGGUGCUGCCUCUGUGCUCCCAGAAGUCCUGGGGGUUUCUCUACACCACAUGUCCGUGUCUGUUGCCCAUGUCAGAUUGUGAGCUUCCUGAGGUCUGGGACUGGGUCUGAGGCAAAGAGGUGGUGCUGGGGGACGUGUGCAAGUCAGUAGGAACAAGUGCCUGUGAAUAGCUGGUCCCCACAAUGUCCCUACCUUGCAUACUUUCAAGUUCUCUGAAUGUCAUUGUGUGGGAAUGGGGUGGAUUGAAGCUAACCCCAGAGAGAGGGGAACAGAAAAGACCGCAGAGAGCUUUAGGUCCUCUGCCAGGGUCUUGGUCAAAUCUGUCAUUUUCUAAUGAGCAAAGAUGUAAUUCCUGUUUUCAUCCAUGAGUCAAUCCUAAGGCUCCUGUUUCUAGAGAGACAAACCUGGACCCCCAUCUCCCAUCACCACGGGCCCCAAGGUAAGACAGGACAUAGAGGAGGUGCCAGACACACACUCACUUUAUGGUAAGUUGGGGCUUUGGGGCCAAAUCCUUAUGUGGCCUCCUGCCCUAGAAACUAGGUCAUGAAUCUGAAUCCCCAAUCCAUUUCCCUGAGCCCCUAGGCAGGCACAGGCAAGACCAAGUUCCUGUAACAGCAGCCACUGAGGAAAGAAAAGAAGGCAGGAAAUGUGGCGGUUCUGUUUCUCAUAACUUGCACUCUCCCCAAUGAAAGCUCCAAUACUCAUCAUUGAAGUUCAGUUCUGUCCCUCCAGGACUGCACUUGGACCUUGAUUCUCCUUAGAGUUCCUCUUCUGUAGGAUUUAAGAGAGUGGCAAGCUCUAGAUUUUUCUUAGAGAUCAGGACACAUAGACAACAAGUACUCCUUCGUGAUGUGUGAAGUCAGCAAUGCUGAUCCUGAGAGAGGGUGUCAUGGGCUCUUAGGCGC